CAUGACGCAAGCAAGGUGACACCCACCUCAAGUCCUCCUCUUCCUCAUCUUCCUCCUCCUCCGGUGUGUUGGGACUGCAAAGCGACUCCAGCUCAUUUCCCGGUGGGGAGAUUUUUUAAAAGAUUUUUUCCUCCCCAACGAAACUUGUUACUCGUGUUUGAUUUGGCCUCAUUUGUCAGGAGACGACGAUGAAGAUUUCUCCCUCGCUUGACGGACUUUAACGGAGGACUUUAAACACGGUUUCCAACAUCAACCUGACACCCAGGGGGGGGACAGUAUCCAACCUCGGUCCACCAUGUCCUUCAGGGGUAAAAAUGACUGGUGCCGAAUUUGUGGCGGCGCUCUUCGGGGAAACCAAAGGCGGUGGCUGUUUGGGGGCCAAAAUAAGAAGACCGGUCAGCUUCAGACCCCGACAGAGUCCCUGAGAGGAGCAAGCCAGUCCCGGUCCUUGCAGAGCAGCCCCUGGGGAAGUACAUUAUCUCUGGGUUCCUCAGUGUCUCUCUCAAAGUCCCAAUUAUCCCUGAACUCUCCGUCCAAAGGAUUCGAUUUCCUCUCCGUGUUGACUCACAUACUGGGACAGUCUGUGCCUCGGGGCAGCGGGCAGGGGGAGUUUGUGUGUGGCAAAUGCGUGUGCGUCCUCGAGCGGGUAUUCAAGUUUGACUCAGUGAUAGCCAGGGUGAGGGUGCUUUCAUCCGAGAGGCUACAGAAGCUGACGCAAGAGAGGGACAAGAUCAGACAGUGGGUGCGCCAAAACUACCUCCAGAGACACCCGCAGGACUUCCAGAGCAGGGGCAGCACCAGCGAGGAGGACGGAGAAGCGGACAAGGAUGGCUACAGGGAGAUGCUCAAAGAGAACAUGGCACUCUCAGAGUACGAGUGCUGGUCCGAGAAGUGGGACACGUGUCCGUAUUUUAUUAGAACGGGUAAAAGAUGCAGAAAGGACAAAGGCUGCGAGGGCUGUGAUUCCUUACGGGUGUCCGACUCGGAUUAUGAGUCUGUCUGUGGGGUUCCACGCCGCAUGCCUUUGCAAGGUUUCUCCCCGUUGGUAUUAUCACGGGACAAGUCCCAGAGCAUGCCCCUCCAUUGGCAGAGGGUGCCAUCAAUCAGCUACAGUCCGUCUUCACUGGCGGGGUCCUGCCUCUCUUUGCAGGCGUCUUCUCGCACCGCGUCCAUUCAGUCUCUGGACUCUCUUGACGGGAACGACCCGUUUGACUCGCCAGCUGUCCAGUCAGUCAGCUUAGUGCUGAAGGAGCUGAGAAGUAUUGAAGGAAAGCCGGUGAGUUCGCCAUCAGGGAGUAGGAUCCCAGUCCUGGGCAAGAAGGACGGCAGGUACUCGGGAAAUGUUGGAAAGAUGGCGUCACCGUCAGUGAACAGGGUGCUGAACUUUGGGGAGGUGGAGAAUGGAGGGGAAGAAAUGGAUGAAGAGGACGAGGAUGUGCUCACAGAGCUGAGGGAUGAGUUCAUGACUCUUCAUCAAGAGAGCACAGCUGGCAGGGUUCACCACGCUGUCAGGCAUCUGCGAGGCCAGCUGGACCAAGCUGUGUCCCGCGUCAGGACCCUGGAGGCUGAGCUGAAACAUGGGAGGAGCAAACCAGCAGAGGUCAACGGAUCAGAAGACUGGCCGGUCCAGCAGGAGGGUUGGAGCUCCCUGCUGCAGAGGUUCGGUCACUCCCUCCACAGCCGGGAGCGUUUGAUCCAGGAGUGUAUGGGUCUGAUCAGAAGACUGUGUGUGGAGGAGGGAGCGAGUGCUGAGCUGACCGACAAGCUGACGGAGAAUCUGACGGAGACUCUCUCUGACAACAAGGCUGUGCUGGAAACUUUGAAGUCCGAAAUGACUGAGAACGAGAAGAACAUGCAGGAGGAGAUUGAGACACUGAGGAAGGCUGGAAGAGACAGAGAGAGAGACCUGGACACACUCAACACUGUGCUGCAGUGCAACCAGGACAUAAUCAAUGACCUGCGAGUGGCUCUGGAGGAGAAGGAGCAACUGCUGAAGGAGGUGGAGAAAGAGAGGGAUGUGUGGAGACAAAGGGACCAGGCCUUCGCCACAGUCCUGCAGGAGAAGGAGUCUCUGAUCCGCUACGUCAAAGAGGAGCUGGAGAGAUGGCAGAAAGAUGCACAGGCUCCCUCGGACUCUGCGAUUGGUCAGGGGUUGGCUGGGGGAGGGGCUCAGCGGGCAGCCUCACUGAAGGACAGAGAGGAAAACAGCGACACCUUGUGUACAGAGGUCAUCAAACUCACCACAGCCCUGCAGGAAUACCAGGACGUGGUGCAGACUCAGCAGGAGAGUCACGGCCGGACGGUAUCUUCUCUGACGGCUCAACUCAGAGACGCUCGGCAGGAGCUGAGGGAGAAAGAGAAGGAGAAGAAGGAGGCCGAUAGAGCCUGGCAGAACGACAGGGAGCAGAAGGAGAGAGAGGAGAGGAAGCUGAGGGAGAGUCUGGAGAGGAGGGACAAACUCAUCGAGCAAAUCCUGUUGGAUCUUGAGGAGCGGGACCAACUGUUCAGAGAGCUGCAGCAGAACCUGCAGAACAAACGUGAGCCUCUGACUGCCAUCAAACACACACUGUGAUCGGGCAGAGCCGGACGGACGAGAUGCAAACGAAGCUGCACACACGAGAUACUUUUGCACUUUCUGCACCACCUUUUUGCCCCUUCAACAUAUUUAUUGUGGUGUACUUUAAGUCUAUUUAUAUUUAUCUCUCUAUGUUUUUGAGGUUGGCAUUUACAGACCUGCCUUGGUGCUGGUACGGGCCAAAGGAAAGUUUAAUUUUCCACAGUCGACUACUAAGCUCUCUGGAGUGAAACGGUAAUUUCAGGCUUAGAGAGUCAGACAGGCUAAUUGCUUUCAGUAAGAGAGAUGUCAGGUCUGGCUUCUCAGCUGGAUGAUUAAUACUUGAUUUAAAAAUCGACCAAUCACUGUAUUUAGUUAUCUUUUUGAAUGUAACGGGCUAAGUGAUUAGAUUUCAUUUCAGGCAGUUGAAAUGUUGCAGAUACAAACAUUUCUACAUGGUAUCUUUCGUGAAUCUAACAUUUGCGUGCAAUCUGGGUACGAUAUUGCUUUAAAUCUGAAUUUUCCAUUUUGUAUGAAACUCUUUGUUGUGCUCUUUUUGCGUUUGUCUUUUUACUUUCUUGGUACAGAGUUGUCUUUUUUAUGUUUACAACGCUUUAGCACUCAUGGAGGGGAAUACUUAAGACCAAAAUAAUAUUUUAAGUCCUUUUUUUCUGCUUUUAUGUGUGUAUCUCUCUUUUUAAAUUUUAGUUCAGAAAUAUUCUCCAUUCUCUUCACCAUUCAGAUGUCUUGUAUUGCUGGACUGGGCCUUAUUUUUUCCUUUAUUUCAAGAGAAUUAAACACUCUGAUCCAAAUUA